AUGGGCAACAGCCAGGGCAAGCCCAUCGACUUGGAUGGCGAAGUCGUACGAUCCGAAAGUGUGCGGAACAUCAUACGAGAGCGCCGGAUGCUCGAGCACGUGAACCAUCCGUUCAUUUGCAACUUGCGAUACAGUUUCCAAGAUAUCGAAUACAUGUACCUGGUAGUCGAUCUGAUGAGCGGAGGCGACCUACGAUUUCACAUCUCGAGAAAGACCUUCACCGAAGACGCAGUGCGGUUCUGGAUUGCCGAAUUGGGAUGUGCACUCCGCUACAUUCACAGCCAAAACAUUAUCCAUCGCGAUGUGAAGCCCGACAAUGUCCUGCUCGAUGCCGAUGGACACGUGCAUUUGACCGACUUUAACGUCGCCUCCGAUAUCAUUCCCGGCAAGGUUUUGUCAAGCAAAUCCGGUACCUUGGCCUAUCUCGCUCCCGAAGUGUACGCUGGUAAGGGCUACGACGCUCGUGCAGAUUGGUGGUCGCUGGGUGUGCUAUUCUACGAAUGCAUAUACAACAAGAGGCCAUUCGACGGCAACUCGGAGAAUACCCUAAGCCAGCAAAUCCAACUCGCCAACCCGAAAUACCCCAUCACUUCGCCACCCGUCAGCCUGCCCUGUUUAUACGCCAUCCGCGAUGCCUUGGACUCGAACCGUGACCAACGAAUGGGUGUGACGUGGGAGAGCUUUACCAAGCACGAAUUCUUCAUGAUGAUCGAUUUUGAGGCGCUGGAGCGGAAAGAGAUUGAGCCGGUCUUCGUUCCGGCCGCGGAUAAGACAAACUUUGAUGCUACGUACGACCUCGAGGAAUUGCUCUUGGAGGAGGCUCCUCUGGAAGCGCGGGCCCGACGACAGAAGCCCCGCGAGCGGUUAAAGGAGGACGCUUCAGACAAGGAGAUCCGCGAAGACGAGCUUUACCGUAUGAUUGAAAACGACUUCCGCCCAUUCGAUUACACGCUGGCUGCGUACAAGAAAAUCACCGGCCAAGGUGACGAGACCGGAUACGUCAAUGGCGAUAUGGUAAACAUGAACCAACCCCAGGCGUUGACCACCGACGAGGCCACACCGGCAGCAAUGGCUACGAAUGGAGGAAGACCUAUGCCACCCCCGGGACCAUUACGGAAGAGUUCAAGCCUGGAGAGACGACCGGGCAGCAGUCAAUCGGGCGUUCCCCGUCGACCAGUAUCCAAGCCGCCUCCGAUACCGCAUUAUCCCAGCGAAUAUUCUAGUCAACGAGCGGCACCGCCAGCUGCAGGAAAGAGGGUCACCAGCCCGACAGGUGGCAUGCAGGUUACGUUGGACGGUGGCGGCAGCUGGUCUGACCUCGCCCGGCAGGAUGCCACGCUGCCGACAGACGCCGCCAUCAACGAGGGCAAAUCUGAAAGCUCGAGCGGCGUAUUUGGUUUCCUUAGGGGCAAGAAGGGAAGAGGUCACAGCCCCAAGCCGAAGGAGAGGGGAGUGUUGGGCAAAGAGGGGGCAAGACAAGUCAUUGGAUAG